AAAUCCAUUAUCUAGCCUCAACUAUAAAUCUACUGCUGCCAUAAGCUAUUUUGAUCAUCAAGCAGAUAGCAAUUACUAAUACCUUUUAAAAGAUCAAACAACCUUUUUCUUUCCUAUAUUCCAAAGUAAACAAUAUGGUAAGUGCUAAGAGACUCAUCAAGAUGGCAAGGAAAUGGCAGGAGUUUGCCGCCAAGCAGAGAAAGAGAAUUUCACUUCCAAGAAAUAGUAAUGAUGAAGACAGCUUCAGUAUACCAUCCUCUGUCGUUGAGAAAGGCCAUUUUGUAGUAUAUACAGCUGAUCAAAAGCGCUUUGUGAUUCCGUUGGCUUAUCUUGAAAAUGAAAUCAUUAGGGAACUCUUAAACAUAUCUGAAGAAGAGUUUGGGCUGCCAAGUGGUGGCCCUAUUAUAUUACCCUGCGAUUCGAUCUUCAUGGACUACAUAAUUUCACUAAUCAAGAAAGGCAUAGCUGCAGGAGAUCUUCAUAAAGCGUUGCUUCUUUCAAUUCCUUCAUGUUGCUGUUCAACAUCUUCUUUACACCAAGAAAGGGGAAACCAGCAGCUACUUGUCUAUUAAGUCAUGUCAUUUUUUUUUUUUAAUUAAUGGUAGCUCAAAAUAGUUUAGUAGGCCAAGAAUAGAACAGAAAUGUAAGUGCAUCAUACAAACUGAAUAUAAUUUUAUCAGAAAAUUUAUCAGACUCGUGGCGUUCAAUUUUCAA